CUUUCUCUCUCUCUCUGUGUGUGUGUGUGUGAGAGAGAGAGAGAGAAGAGAGAGAGAAAGGGUUGCAGACUCAGUGAUGCUUAGUUUCCUUAAGUCGUCAAAGUUGCCCCUAAGCAGGUGUCAUCUUCAACCACCCUUCCCCCACCUUCCAGAUUUCGCUGGAUGAACCUUUGGCACUAACUUGAUAGCUGAGAUCACUCCGACAGGCAGAAAAGAAUAGCACUAUACUGAAGAGAAAUCCUUAUGGAAGUUGGACCUGCCUCGAAAUCCCUCAUGAAGGAAGAGUGGGUUUAUGUCUGUAGAUGCGCCACUGGUUAUGGGAGUUCCAUGCCUGCGUGCUCCUUGCUUCUCUCCUGGCUGGAGGAGAGUGUGGGGAGCCCGCUGGCAAGCUAGGGGUGAAGGUGAGAGUAGGGACCAUAUUUGCACCUAAGGAUGAGUGUGGGAGCCCUUUACACAAGGACAGUGUGGGAUCAAUGGCCUCUAAAUUAGGAUAAAAGAUAACCCCACAUUGCAUUAGAAUCCAACAACGAGGAAUUAGGAUUUAUUAAGGUCUCUCUCCCACCUCCCUCUAGCAGGCAAGAAUAAAGAUAUUGACAGGUCUGGAGAGUUGUCGACACUAACCCUACUGCUUGUUGAUGUUAAAGGUCGAGGUGAUAUGCAAGCACAGGUUUACAAAGAUGUACACUUGCUGGAGCUCAGAGGGUUUCUGGAAAAGGGGUCAGUGAAAACAUUCUUGUAAUCCUACUCUUUCUGAGUUUGUGUUCCCUUCCCAAAAACCAUAUAAAGUAUGAAGCCUGUCACACCAUGUGUUGUUAUGUAAGCAAACGCAGAUGACAGAGGUGUGUGGGUUUGGGAGGGUGUGUUUUAUUUAUGGGGGCAGGUGUGUGAAUCAUUGGGAUCCCCACAGACAUCGCCUGGCCUGGAGGCCACAGUCACUAGGGCAUGUGCUCUGUGUCUAAAUGUUGACUUCUGAUGACUCCUAAAACGCCUUCCUGGUGAGGUUGUUGCUUCUGCGUUGCUCGCAUGCAUUUUGUUCGCUGUGCGCUGAGGGAGUUCCCCACCUGAGUUGUUCUCUUAGUUACUCACACAGAUCAGGUCCAAAUUGAUCUUUCUUUUUAUACUUUGGUUUCUAAAAAUAGACAGAUGAUGGGGAGGGGGUAGCUCUAGGGAUGUAUGCUAGGACACUGGCAGUUCUACUUCCUAGUUAUGAUGGCCUGUCUGGCCCUUGGGGGAACAGGGACUACAUUCAGCCUAAUUUAGGAGCAGAGAGUUGGAAGGGGGUGGUGAUUACGUGAAGCACAGUGUGGGCUGCUCCUGGCUCAUUGGUAUUCAUCAGAGUCCUCAUUGGGUAGGAAUACAAAGCCAGAGUUUGCAAGGGAAAUCAUUUCAGCUUGCCUCUUGGCAGGGGUCAUUCUCUGAGCCUCCUUUUUCCAAAUGUAUGUUGUGUGGGGUUUUGCUUCCUGAGUUGCAUGCUCACACAUGCACAUGUAAGUGUGUACACACACAAGCAUAGACAUGGACAUAGAUGCAGCAUGUUUCUAUAGAAGAAUAAUAACAUUGCGUCUGCUUUACAAUCCAUACAUAGAGGUGGAUUCUACUUCAUGAACAUCAUUUCCUUUUAAAUAAAGCUUUACAGUCUCCAAUUCCUGCAUCAGUGUCACCUCAGGUGGCUGGUUAAAAGUGCUCACCACCCUAGACUUACAGAAUCAAACUGUCUGUGGGUGGGAAUUCUUAACAGGCUCCUCAGGUGGUGUUUAUGCAGACUAAUAUCUGGGGAUUGCCACCCUAUUUUGCCCCCAAGACUAAACAAUUGAUCUUUGAACUCAUAAACCCUCCCCAGCCAAAGCGGGCCAGUCAGUCUCAAAGUCAGAGGAAAAGAUGGUGAAAAGGAGUUGCUUCCAUCUGGAGCAUAUUUGUCCCUGGGUAACAGGAAAGUGUGUCCAUUUUGAUUACUGUUACUUAUUUGUUUUGGAGUCAUGGUGAGUGGCCUGCCCACUCAUCAUGGCGGCCAUUGGUGCUGGACUCCUGCAGCUGGGCUGGCUGUUUUACUGUGGGAUGGACAAAGGGUGUGUAAAAAACGAGCAACUUUGUCAGGAACUGAGGGUGGGCUCCUCAGUGAGGACCACAGCACCUCCCUUCUGGGGGCAUCUGAGGACGGUGUCCGGUGGGAGCUUAUGGAGAGAAGGCAGGAAGACACACAGAAUGGAGCCUGAGUGAAAGGGCUCAGUUAGGGUAUGGAGCAUGGCUGCUUGUGUAAGGGGGAUCAUUUGAGGUGGAGGAGUGGAGAUUUGCAGGUAGGCAAAAAAUAUCUUUUGAAGAACAUGGAUAUUUUUGGAAUGAAACUUGACAGGCAAAAAGAAGGGGGCUUUGGGAGAGAGGGGGUGUGUGUGUGUGUGUGUGUGUGUGUGUGUGUGUGUGUAGGGGGGUCUCAUCUGCUCCUUCUGUUGCUAAGGAACAUAUAAGCUAGGGUUUAAAAAUAAAUGAGGAGUGGGUGGGCAUAUGCAGUGACUCCUGUCUUUUUAGGAACCAGAGCCCUUUACAAAAAGCCUUUAAAUAACCAUUUCUGGAGGCAGAUUAUUCAUUUUGCUUGACUUUUACUUUGUUAAGUAAAAUAAACUCCUUUCUAUACUCCUAGAUUUCCCCUCAUUAUCUUUUCUUUGUUGGCUUUUUUUGAGAACCAUUUUUCCCAUGAGAAUUUUUUCCUUUAUUUCAGAAUCUGCACCCCUAGAGCAAAUACUCUCUGUCGACUGUAAAGCUGAAGGUUUGAAAAGGCAGUGCAAGUGAGCUGGAAAGCAAUCUCCCGGGCAGGCCUCCAGCAUCUGGCUCCUGCACAUCCCCUCAGCCUUCCUGUGGCAAAUGGUCCAGCCAAGGAGCCCAGAGCGACUUUGGACUGGAGUGAGAAUGCCGUGAAUGGAGAACACCUGUGGCUGGAGACCAACGUCUCGGGAGACCUAUGCUACCUUGGAGAGGAGAACUGCCAAGUCAGAUUUGCAGAAGAGGAAAUCCAAGAGUGAUAAAAGCAUCUGCAAGCAGAGUAAAGGCAUCUCAAAAUCAGCUCUCAGGAGGAAGUGUGCAGUCUGUAAAAUCGUCGUCCACACCGCCUGCAUUGAGCAGCUAGAAAAGAUUAAUUUCAGAUGUAAACCAACAUUUCGAGAAGGAGGCUCAAGGUCACCAAGAGAAAAUUUUGUACGUCAUCACUGGGUGCACAGGCGUCGGCAGGAGGGGAAAUGUAAGCAGUGUGGUAAGGGCUUCCAGCAAAAGUUCUCCUUCCACAGUAAAGAGAUUGUGGCUAUCAGCUGUUCCUGGUGCAAGCAGGCGGAUCUGAUGUUUCACAAUAAGGUGACCUGCUUCAUGCUGCAUCACAUUGAAGAACCCUGUUCCCUGGGGGCUCAUGCUGCUGUUAUUGUCCCACCCACUUGGAUCAUUAAGGUGAAGAAACCUCAGAACUCACUGAAGGCUUCAAAUCGGAAGAAGAAGAGAACCAGCUUUAAAAGAAAAGCCAGUAAAAGAGGGAUGGAACAGGAAAACAAAGGUCGUCCUUUUGUGAUAAAACCCAUCUCUUCUCCUCUCAUGAAACCCUUGCUUGUAUUUGUGAAUCCCAAGAGUGGAGGCAACCAGGGAACCAAAGUCCUGCAGAUGUUCAUGUGGUACCUGAAUCCACGGCAAGUCUUUGAUCUUUCUCAGGAAGGGCCAAAAGAUGCGCUUGAACUGUAUAGGAAAGUACCAAAUCUGCGAAUUCUGGCCUGUGGUGGGGAUGGAACGGUGGGCUGGAUCCUUUCUAUCCUGGAUGAACUGCAGCUGAGCCCUCAGCCUCCCGUGGGGGUCCUUCCUCUGGGGACUGGGAAUGACCUGGCUCGAACUCUCAACUGGGGAGGGGGCUACACUGAUGAGCCUGUUUCUAAGAUCCUGUGCCAAGUGGAAGAUGGGACAAUUGUACAGCUAGAUCGCUGGAACCUCCAUGUGGAAAGAAACCCCGACUUGCCUCCAGAAGAACUUGAAGAUGGCGUAUGUAAGCUCCCUCUGAAUGUUUUCAAUAACUACUUCAGCCUUGGAUUUGAUGCUCAUGUCACACUGGAGUUCCAUGAAUCCAGAGAAGCAAAUCCAGAGAAAUUCAACAGUCGUUUUCGAAAUAAAAUGUUCUAUGCAGGGGCAGCUUUUUCUGACUUCCUACAGAGAAGUUCUAGAGAUCUGUCCAAACAUGUUAAAGUUGUUUGUGAUGGAACAGAUCUCACCCCAAAGAUUCAGGAACUGAAGUUCCAGUGUAUAGUAUUUUUAAAUAUACCCAGAUAUUGUGCUGGCACAAUGCCCUGGGGAAACCCAGGAGAUCACCACGAUUUCGAACCUCAGCGUCAUGAUGAUGGUUAUAUUGAAGUCAUUGGAUUUACCAUGGCCUCUUUGGCAGCCCUGCAAGUUGGGGGCCACGGAGAGAGGCUACACCAGUGUCGAGAAGUCAUGCUUCUAACUUACAAAUCCAUCCCCAUGCAAGUGGAUGGGGAGCCCUGUAGGUUGGCCCCAGCUAUGAUUCGGAUCUCCCUGAGGAAUCAGGCCAACAUGGUACAGAAGAGCAAGAGGAGAACAUCCAUGCCUUUACUUAAUGAUAUUCACCAGGUGCAAACUGCGGACCUGCGGCGAGUGUCUGCUCCCCCCGGCUCCUUCACCAUUCCCCAGUCUGUCCCAGAUCGUCUGAGGAUCCGGGUGAACAAAAUCAGUUUGCAAGACUAUGAAGGAUUCCACUAUGACAAGGAGAAACUCCGGGAAGCUUCGAUACCUCUGGGUAUUCUAGUUGUGCGUGGAGACUGUGAUUUGGAGACUUGCCGUAUGUACAUAGACCGCCUACAGGAGGACCUACAGUCAGUUUCUUCUGGCUCCCAGAGAGUUCAUUACCAGGACCAUGAAACCUCCUUCCCCAGGGCUCUCUCAGCACAGAGGCUCUCCCCUCGGUGGUGCUUCCUAGAUGCAACUUCUGCUGAUCGCUUUUAUCGAAUAGACAGAUCUCAGGAACAUUUGCACUUUGUGAUGGAGAUUUCCCAAGAUGAGAUUUUUAUUCUGGACCCAGAUAUGGUGGUGUCACAGCCAGCGGGGACACCUCCGGGCAUGCCUGACCUGGUGGUGGAGCAAGCCUCGGGGAUCUCAGACUGGUGGAAUCCUGCCCUGCGGAAACGCAUGCUGAGUGACAGUGGGCUGGGGAUGAUAGCUCCCUAUUAUGAGGACUCAGAUCUGAAAGAUCUCAGCCACUCCCGCGUGCUACAGUCACCAGUCUCUUCAGAAGAUCAUGCAAUUUUGCAGGCAGUAAUAGCUGGUGAUCUUAUGAAGCUAAUAGAAAGCUAUAAAAAUGGAGGCAGUCUGCUAAUUCAGGGACCAGACCACUGUUCACUCCUUCACUACGCAGCUAAAACCGGCAACGGGGAGAUUGUGAAAUAUAUCCUUGACCACGGACCUUCCGAGUUAUUGGAUAUGGCAGACAGUGAAACGGGUGAGACUGCACUGCACAAGGCUGCCUGCCAGCGGAACCGGGCUGUGUGCCAGCUUCUGGUGGAUGCAGGAGCAUCUCUGAGAAAGACGGACUCCAAGGGUAAGACACCUCAAGAGAGAGCACAGCAGGCUGGGGACCCAGACUUGGCUGCUUACCUAGAAAGCCGUCAGAACUAUAAGGUCAUUGGCCAUGAGGACCUGGAAACUGCUGUUUGACCCUGGUAUUCAGGCAAAGAGAACGUGAGCAAGCGUAUCACAUCUGCCCUCCCUGCGAUCGGGCAGCUCCCCUGGAAGAAGCUGAUGGAAUUCAUAUAUCUGUCUCUCUCCUGGAAGAAUCUACCUGAGACCAUGCCACUCGUUUUUAAGGGCUACCAAGAUGUGCAACAGAACAUGAUAGCCCAUUGAGAAGGAGGCAGGAUACCUGGAGAUUUGUGGAGUACAGUACGAGUUCCACAAAAUUUGAUCCUUAUUGCUUCCAGCAAGUAGCAUGAACUUCUGUGUUCACCUGUAUAAUUUAUUUUAAAGAUUCAAAGGAUGUUCGUAUAAACGGCACUGCUCCAUCCUCCCCCAUGCAUUGAUUUUUUUUCCCUGUACCAUACAAUUCUACUGUAACUACCCAUUAACUUAAAAAAUAUAUAUUAUCUCUUCUCUUUACAUUCAGUCUUGGAAGACCACAAGAUUGUCUGAAGGCCUUCUAAAACCCUCUGAAUGUCCUGCAGAAAUAUAACUGUAAAACCACUUCCAUUUCCAAGACUAAAUAUAUCAAGACUAUUUAGUGACUCUCUCUGCAUGUCCCCACCACCCCCCAACCCUCCGUUUCAUUAUAUAGGAGCUGGGAAGUGCCACAUGGAUAAUGUCAACUUGUGUGCUAUAUUUCUGAGGAAUGGUGAGGUGGCAUGGGAGAUGUCUGUGCUUGGAGGUACCUCAGAGAGGUAACCCAGGGGUCAGCCCAGGCUGCUGGGCUGUAGCCAAUAGCCAUGCAGGACUGGUUCAGCUUGGGCUGUCUGUACAGCUCCGUACUGCCUAUGUGUAGCCAUCUUUGCCUUUUGCUGCAAUAGAAGAUGAGCAAAGGAUUAAACAGAGGCCCACAGCUAGUCUGCAGAACCACUCAAUUUUAAGUGCUGUUUAAAUUGCAGAGGAGAUAAUCAUGUGUGGGAACUGUGGUUACAGGAUAUGGAGCACUCUAACAAUGUUUACUUCUAAACUUUGUUGAGUGAUAAUAGAAAGCACCCUAAUUGACUUGAAAAAAACAAAAGCAAAAGCAAAAGUAGCAACAUAUGUCAACAUAUGUCACUGAAGUAGAAAACAGUCAUUGGGAUGUUGCACAAAGGCUAAUAACUAUAGACUGUUGGAUACAGUGGUGAGAGGAGCCCCGUUUUAGGUCUUUCUUUUAGGUUUUUGGUUUUUAUUACUACAAGUAAUCCUUGACCCAAGGACAAAGGUUUAUUGUAUGAGUUCCACUGCCAGAUUUAUGGGAUGCCCAGAUCAUUCAGAAGGAUGCUUCAACUAUUAUUUGUCAGGUCCAAAGGUCGUACUUGAUAACCCCAUUUUCUAUGCAUGGGGUAGUCUAAUAUAUUAUUUUAUCUACUUUAUUUUCCCCUUUCAGAAAGUCCUUAGUGCAAACUACCAUGGGAAUCUAGCCAGAAAUGUCUGUCGGAUAGUUAGAAUUGUAACAUCUAAACCUGCCACGGAUCAAAUGGUACUUACAGGUACCUCUAUUAGGGACUCUGUGAUACCUAAAAUAUCAAAAGAAAAUGUCUGUCUUUCUGUCCGAGUAUCUACUUGACUUGGGGUAAGUCACAAAUAAAAGUGGGCGUCCAAGGAUUUUGCUUUUGGCGAAAUCUGAUGUGUCCUGAGCUUAUUUUCAUUUUGUCCUUGGACACAGCAUAGUGCUUCCCUAAUGUUUCUACAUAUGACCAUGAAUGAUAGUGUCUCUACAUUUAAUUUAAAGGUCUAAUGGUGACAUUUUGCUUAUCUGAGUCACAUUUCGGUAACAUAUCAUCAUUUUGAAAGUACGGCUAUGAUGUGCUAUAUUAAAUAGGAACAGCCUUUCAGUGGAUGGGGAUUUUAUUACCACAGUCUCUCCAUAGUCAUUUCAAAAUCAAAUUGUUGGUGGGAGGAUGGAUUAGGUUGUGAGUAAUCAACUUCCAUAUAUCAGCCUCAGAAAUGGAACUAUCCUUUGGAUGUUACAGGAGACACUGCAGCAGAUUGUUUCCAGAAGCUGGAAAAAUAUGCUCCAGGAGAAUUUAAUCACUGGGCUUUUGCUGGGGGAUUUUUAGUUGGUGGGACUGUCAAGGAAAUGUGAUGACAGAAAUAUAAUCCUUAAAGCAAACUGGAAUCUGGCUUUGAAUGGCAUCUUCCAUUCCCUGGAUUGGGCCAAAUGUUUGGCCAGUCAGUUAUCUAGCUGUUACUGCUGGGAUGAAGAACUCUGUUUUCAUCAACUACUGUCUCACAUUUCUCUGUAAAUACUUCCAAGUAGCCCAGAGAAAAUUUAGGGUACAGGUGGCUAUGGGCCAAUUUCUAAAUAGCUCCUAUUGAAGACAUAAAUCUGUGGUAUGGAAAAUGAUGAGUUAGUACUAUAAGAUUCCUGAUGAAUUUAGAAAUUGUUUCAAACCAAAAAAAAAAAAAAAAAA